AUGGCUGCCAAAUCUACCAACACAACGCCCAAGCACGAGCAAGGUCCCACAACCUUUCAAGCGCCCAAGCCUCGUAGUCAAUAUCAAGCCGAGAAUGCCAAAAGGCGUGAUGGAAACAUGGAAAUCCUCACAAACAACAUGACUGGUAUCGACGCAGCACACAUCCUGCCCUAUGGCAUGACUUCGACUAGCGACGGUGCUAGACUUCGUGUUCUUAUAGAAUCCGAGGAGCUUCCUUCGUCGACCUGGAACCUUCUGACCCCCAACUGCUACGUGCACCGACCUUACGACAAGGGCCUGAUUGCCUUUCGCCCUGAGCGCAUCACCAAGAUGAUCAAGGACUCCGAGGAGAUUUUUCAUGUUCAUCUCUCUAUUCACUGGCUGGGGGAAAACUGUCAUCAGAUGCUGCGAGUCUGCCAAGCCCACCGAGAGCCAAAUGCAGGGCAUGUUCACAUUGCUGGACGAGUAUCGAGAAAAAGAGGCAACAUUGGGACAUUUACGAUGUACACCAAGGGUCAGCGUGUCGCUGAUGGUACGGAGACAGAGAUUGGGUUUCCCGACCUUGACGAUGCUCAGAAAAUGGUUGACCGUCUUGCUAUGAGCUGGUUCAUGAGGAUGAUCCUGUUUCUUGCUGGCGGCGCGGGGAUCCCGUUCGGCGACCCCCGCGACAACGAAGAGCAACACGACCCCCGAUCGUGA